AUUUCAUACAUAUUACAUCAACCUCUUUAAGAGACAAAACAUAGUUACAAAAAUGGAACAAAACAUUCCAGUUUUUGCAAAGAAAGUAUGGAGGUUGGUACGUGUGUUGUACUUCAUGUUACGCAAAAACAUAUCCAAGAGUAAGUUGUUGUUGGACCUCAACAGGAUGAUGAAGCGUCGCAAGAUCGCAGAUAAAUCCUCGCCUACCCUCUCCCCGCCGCAAGGUGAAUACGAGUUCAGUUGCACCGACAGCCCUACAACUAAUAACCAUGCGUUUUCUCUAUUUUCAUUCCGUAAGAAACACACAUCCGCCAACCAACACACGGAAGAUCUAGACAUGAUGGCUGUUAAUGCCGCCGUGUUGAGAGCCAUGGAGAUGAUCAACAGCGAGGCAGCAUCGCCCGCGCUCCCUGGGUUUGGGAGGAGUCCGGUGGUUAGGCAACUGAGGGUAUCGGACUCUCCGUUUCCGUUGAGUAACGUGGACGAGGACAGCCACGUGGAUGAGGCGGCAGAGCAGUUCAUAAACCGGUUUUACAGCGACUUGCGAAGGCAGAAUUGUACCAACGUGACAUCCCUUGGUUCAUCGUCGUGAGAGAUAUAUAGCGAAAUUAACUGUAUAUAUGUAAUUGAACAUAUAUAUGAUCGUUGAAUAUAGCAAGAGAAUCAAGUGUUGGAGUUAAUUAACAGUCGAUGUAACUAGUAUUCUGGACGUUGAUCGGUCUGAUUCAUGUGUAUAGAGAUUUUAGUUUUAAUAAAAGGUUUCAAUACAUCACUUUAAACAA